UAGUACAUACUGUAUGUUCCUAUCUGAUUCGUGAAUGUGCGUAAUCUCAUUUUGGAAAAAUUCAGAGUGGAAAUAUUUGUACUAGCAUGAGUACAUACAGUUAAAUUAUUUCAAUUUUGAAGGACGAGAUGUUUCGAGAACAUUAUGGUGCUUCCAAAUAAGGAGCUUCGCCACAGAUGAAACAACUAAUUUAAAUAGUACCCUAACAACAAAGUAAAAAGGAUGUACUGCCUACAGUGGUUAAUUCCAGUACUGCUGAUACCAAAACCAGUAAAUCCAACACUACUGCAGACGCAUGUCAUGUUUAUGGUACUUUAUCUAAUUGGAUUCUUCCUAGAACGAAAACCAUGCACUAUCUGUAGUGUAGUAUUUCUUUUUGCAGUUUCCCUAAUUUGUUAUAGUGGCAUUGGUAAUUGUCUCCUUUGGAGUACAAAUUGUGAUACAGUGAGAUGUGACAAUAGCUAAAAUUAUUAGAAUGUUUAUUCUAGGUUAAAGAAUUGCCUCCAUUUUUAUUUCUUUUAGAAGAGUAUGCCUAAUUAAUUUACCGUAACAUAACCUGAAUUCAUGGCAUUCAUAUGUAUUACAUAUACA